AUCUGGUGGAGCUGCAGAUGAGUUUAUUUUUCUUUUUCUUUUAAUUUUUAUUAAGAAGGAAUACCUUCAAAUUCUCUUCUGUACAGCGAACAAUAAAUUGUUGAGUUUAAUAAUUUUUCCACAGAAAAGAAACCUGUAUUUGAGACAUUCAGACUACCAAACCGGAAGAAAAACAUCCUGAAACAUAUCUCUUCUAGUUUAUGAAAACGGGAAUUAUAUUGCUAGAUGAUGAAAGAAAACUUUCCAAAACUUGGGGAUGAGGAUGCAGCACAGCUACACCUGUGUUUCUGAAUUUAAAAGGAAAAUUGUCAAAAGAUCACUAUGCUCCAAUUUACAAAUCUCUACAUGUUAUGGUGUGAUAAUAAUUUGGAUGUGCUGGUGAGCCCUACAUAAACUGAAUGUCUUUUUAAUUGAAAAACUUUUCAAAACAACAGAUUGAAGAAUAACGAGAUUAAGAAAGCUAUUUUAGGUAACUGGUUAGGGAUAGAAAUGAGGCAGUGAGAGACGUUUUGUGGAAAUCCAGACACAGGUGAAGGAAAAAGUGAAGUGGGAAUAUCUGAGGAACCGGAGAAGAAACCCAAGGAGAAGAAAGCCACCAGAAAAUAAAAGAGUAUGGCAAUGAUGAAGGAGUUUCUCCAAUCCAGAAACCUCUUGCUUGUUGUUCUCAUUCCACUGUUGUUGCUUCCUCUGCCACUCUUAUACCCCAGCAGUGAAGCCUCAUGUGCCUACGUGCUGACCGUAACGGCUGUAUAUUGGGUUUCUGAAGCGGUACCUCUUGGUGCAGCAGCCUUAGUCCCUGCUUUCCUAUACCCACUUUUUGGAGUCAUGAAGUCCAGUGAGGUGGCUGCUGAAUAUUUCAAGAACACCACUUUGCUCCUCAUGGGUGUUAUUUGUGUGGCAGCUUCUGUAGAAAAGUGGAAUCUCCACAAACGAAUCGCCCUGCGCAUGGUCAUGAUGGCUGGGGCAAAGCCAGGCAUGUUGCUUCUUUGCUUUAUGUGUUGCACCACGGUGCUCUCCAUGUGGCUUUCCAACACAUCCACCACAGCCAUGGUGAUGCCAAUCGUGGAGGCAGUGCUCCAAGAGCUAGUGAAUGCUGAGGAGGAGCAUGAGGUCAUCAGUACUGCAGGCAACACCAUUACUGAAGAAAACGAGCCAAUAGGUCUCAGCGAAAAGCAUGGCCAACCUUCACUGGAGCUUAUCUUCAUCAAUGAGGAGAACAGUGAUGGAGAGGACUCAAGCACAGUAUGGACUGUCCACAGGACAUAUCCAGAAGGAAGACACUUACAGAGGAUUCUUGAGGAAAAUGUGAAUUGUCAAGAGCAUUUAAGUGCUACUACUACUGACUUCAGCUCCCUGAUGCACUCAAAGAGUAUGAAUGGUGUGCACAUGAUAGCCAACCCUAUUGGAACAAUGAAUUCUAAGAGCAAUGGGCAGCACCUACCUCAGGCUCAGAUACUGGUCCUGCCUCCUAAGCCCUCAGAACUGGGCCUGAACACUAAGUACCGGUAUCAAACCCGACAUGACCACAUGGUCUGUAAAUGCCUCUCACUGAGUAUCUCCUACGCAGCAACAAUUGGAGGACUGACAACCAUCAUAGGGACCUCCACUAGCCUCAUAUUCUUAGAGCACUUCAACAACCACUACCCAAAUGCUGAAGUUGUGAAUUUUGGAACUUGGUUUUUGUUCAGUUUUCCCAUCUCCCUCAUCAUGUUGGUCCUGACUUGGUUCUGGAUGCAUUGGCUGUUCUUGGGUUGCAAUUUUAAAGAGACCUGUUCUGUGAGCAAGAAGAAGAAGACCAAACGGGAAGAAAUGUCAGAGAGAAGAAUUCAAGAAGAAUAUAAGAAACUGGGAAAUGUUAGCUAUCCUGAGAUGGUGACUGGAUUUUUCUUCAUUCUAAUGACCUUGCUUUGGUUUACUCGUGAACCUGGCUUUGUACCCGGAUGGUCAUCUUUUUUUGAGAAGAAAGGUUACCGGACUGAUGCCACUGUCUCUCUAUUUCUUGGUUUUCUCCUUUUCCUGAUUCCAGCAAAAAAGCCAUGUUUUGGAAAACAGGAAAAAGGAAACGGUGAAAAGUCAACAGACAAUAACACAGUGGAUCCCAUCAUUACCUGGAAGGACUUUCAGAAGACCAUGCCCUGGGAGAUUGUAGUGUUGGUUGGAGGAGGUUAUGCCUUAGCAGCUGGAUGCAAGACCUCUGGCCUCUCUACAUGGAUUGGACGACAAAUGCUCUCCCUGAGCAGCCUUCCCUAUUGGGCUGUAACUCUGCUGGCCUGCAUUUUGGUGUCUCUGGUAACAGAGUUUGUUAGUAAUCCAGCAACCAUAACCAUCUUUCUGCCUAUUUUAUGCAGCAUGUCAGAAACCCUGCUUAUCAACCCUUUAUACACUCUGAUUCCUGUCACCAUGUGUAUCUCAUUUGCGGUGAUGCUGCCAGUGGGUAAUCCUCCAAAUGCCAUUGUCUUCAGUUAUGGGCACUGCCAGAUUAAAGAUAUGGUGAAAGCUGGCCUGGGUGUAAAUCUGAUUGGCCUGGCAGUUGUCAUGGUGGCAAUCAACACUUGGGGCAUUAGACUCUUCCAGUUGAAUACUUUUCCAGUAUGGGCAGCGGUCAGCAACAUCACUAGCCAAACAUAAUCUGCAGUGAAAAGAAAAAAAAAAAAAGAAAAAAGUGCAAGACCAAAG